AUGAACUGCAACGAGCUCCAAGAACACACCAAAGCAGAUUGCUUCCUGGUCAAAAAGCCAAGGGCGCUGCAAUGGUUCUACAAGGGACAGCUCAUCAAGGAGAAAGAGGAGGAACGCCAGGCUGGCCGCUUCGAGCUGUUCCUGGAUCUUCUAUAUGUUGCGAUUGUCGCCAACUUCAGCGAUGAGCUUGCAGAGCAUCCUGAUGGUGCUCAUCUAGCAAAGUAUAUACUCAUCUUUGCGCCGGCAUGGCAUAUCUGGGCUGAUCUCCGCGAGAUCAUGAACUCGUAUUACACCGAUGAUUUACUGCAACGACUUAUUAUUCUUUGGGUCAUGGCGCUUCUGGUGCUCUAUGCGAACAAUGCCAACGAUGCAGAUGAGGAUAUUACUGCAAUGCGGACUACCGUUGGCGCGUACCUCGUAGCCCGCUUCACCACCCUCAACGUAUUCCUUGUUACCUCGUUUGCAGCGUAUCAGCACCGCACACAGGCCCGGAUCAUGGCUGGCUUCAUGUUUGUCGGUCUUCUUAUCACCAUUCCGCUCUUCUUUGAGGGCAUAAGCAUUCGCGCAAAAGCCGCCAUCGUCGCCGUGGGCAUCUUCUACCAAGAGGCGACAUGGGCGCUGACUCUGAGUCCUUGGAUCAAGGCCAAGCUACAUCUGACUUAUAGUACUGCUGUUGACAUUGCGCACGAGAUUGACCGAAUGGGCGCUUUCUUCAUCAUCAUUCUCGGCGAGUUUGUAUACAGCAUCAUUGUUGGCAACAAGACGGGCAUUGGUUUGACUUCAGGAUACGCCAAGGCUGUCUGCACGCUGAUUAUUGCGUUCGUGCUGAAUUGGGUCUAUUCCAGCGGCGAUGGCAGUAUUCAAGCAACACAUCCAAUUCGACGAUCUGCUUGGACAGCCUUUGGCUUCUUUCUCUUGCAUCUACCUCUAUCAGCAUCGUUUCUCAUCGGAGGCCACAUCGCAGCUGCGAGCACAGCGGUUGAGGAGUUUGAAGACGGGCAGCGCUGGCUUCUCGGUGGAGGGCUUGGAGUUGGUAUGUUUUGUCUUUGGGUUUACGGGAUGUUAUACCGGGUCGAAGGUGAGUGCACUCUAUUCAUGGGACAGACGACACGAAUCAGCAUGAGGUUAAUAAUUGCGAUCAUUCUCGUCGUCAUCCCCGAGUCGCAUAACCAUCUCAAUGCCGAGAGUUUCAUGUUCGUUAUCAUGGCUCUGUUUGCUUUCCUCUUGAUAUGGGAGACCGUUGGGGGCUUAUCCAGGACUUCCAAAUUCUUUGAGCCUUGGACAAACAGAAAUCCACCGCCGGAGGAGGAUGAUAGAGAAGGCUUGGCGGGCGAGUAA